CUUCCCGUUUUCUCGCGAACGAAUCGGACGAACUUAACCCAGCCGUGUUUCGGUACAGCCAGUGCUGAACUGUUAUGAUGUGUCACUAAGUUUAAAAGGUGGUCGGCACCGAUGAUGAGCGGGGCCCCUCGGUACCUGAGCAGGACACCGGAGGUCAUCGUCAUUGCAUGACAAAGGCUGUGGCAGAUUCAUCUUCAUCACUCAUACAGCAUUUCCAUAGUUUUUCUUCAGUGCGGUAGUACCAUGAAGGGUGAAGGAAGGGGUAAGGAGUCACCUGUUGCUGGGGAGAUCAUUGGCAAACGGCCCAAACGCAAAUGCCUACAGUGGCACCCCCUUCUCUCCAAAAAGGCUCUGGAUUUCUCUGAGGAGGAAGAAGAAGAAGAUGAAGAAGAGCUGGAGAAACAGCCAGUGCUGUGCAGUCAGGACCGGGACUCGCAGGUGCAGUGUGGAAGCACAACGGAGGAAGUGGAGGAGGACACAAAUGAACAGCGCGCACGCCGGCCAAUGAAUGCCUUCCUCCUCUUUUGCAAACGCCACCGUUCGCUGGUGCGGCAAGAACACCCUCGCCUGGACAACCGUGGGGCUACCAAGAUCCUGGCCGACUGGUGGGCUGUGCUGGAGCCUAAGGAGAAGCAGAAGUAUACUGACAUGGCCAAGGAGUACAAGGAUGCCUUUAUGAAGGCAAACCCGGGCUACAAGUGGUGUCCCACUACCAGCAAACCCGUCAAGAGCCCUUCUUGUCAGCCAGUCAGCAAUCCUCGCAAAAAAGUUUGGUCUUUCUCUUGUCACUCAUUCAAGGACUCUACUGCCAAAAAAGUGCCCAAAACUGACAGCAUGCCACAGUUAAACUUCGCCAUGGCAGAUCCUACUAAGAUGGGAGGCCUUAGCAUGCUGCUGUUAGCUGGAGAACAUGCCCUCACAAACAGAGAGAUCCCUUCGAGCACUAAACCUAGUUUACCUGACACAGCCAGUGAAGGGAAAUCCUUUCCAGAGAAUAAGGAAGAGAUGUUUUCUGGGACAAUACCAAACAGAGUGCCUGACAUUUGUGAAAGCAGGGUCAAAUCUGCCCUUUCUCCAAUGGAAGAGUCUUCACUGUCUGUGGCACCUGAAGGAAAACCAUGCGGACAGUCCGCCCUCUUCCAGCUCGCUGAAAUGUGUUUGGCAUCUGAAGCGGGAAAAAUGGACACGGUUGUAUCUCAGCCAGAGGACAGCUCCUCUCCAGCCUCCCUCCAGCAGACUGACAUCAAGCCAGAGAUCAAGGAGGACAGCGCUGACACCGACCACUCUCCUCCCUCCUCGCACACAUCGGCCCCCUCAGCCACGCUUUCCUCCGUCACUUCUACCUCCACCGAUGCAGUUCCCUCGCAACCGAUUAGCCAAAACGCAUGUGUCAAAAAGAAGAGCAAGAAGAAAGACGCGGCCAAGUCGACCGAUAGCGACGAGCUCCUUUGUCCGGCAAAGAAGAUGAUCAAGAGGUGUAGUAGUUCAGAGUCGAACGUGGACAGUGUCUUCAGUACAAUUGAGGCGGUGGCUAAAGGGGCCUGGAAGGACACGGAGGAGAAGCCUAAAAAGAAGCUCCAAAGCGGUAACAGCAGUGGAAACUCCGGUUUGUCCAAAAAGAAAAUGAAGCCCAAAGCCAAGGCCCUUGUCAAGGAGAAGGAGGAGGAGAUGGACGACAGCAAUGAUCAGUGUGAGCAGCAAAGCCCUCCUGAGGUGGAGCUGAAGGAAGAGGCGACCGGUGAUAGCGCCAACACAGAAUCAGAAGAAGCCAAUGUAGGAGGCGCAGACAUUCAGGGCCACAUGGCAGAACCCCAUCACUUCCCUUGCAGCCUUUCGCCUGCUAAGCUCAAAGAGGAAGAGGGGGCGAAGGAGAGUGCGACCUGUGAGUCCAGCGCGGAGAAUCGCGGCUCCAGGAAAUCGGAGCGGAGCUGUAAAGGCGCUUUGUACAAAACUCUCGUCUCCGAGGGAAUGCUGACUUCGCUGAGAGCCAAUAUUGACCGAGGUAAAAGAGGAGCUUUCCGUGCUUGCGACCACGAUGCUAACUGGAGUGAUGACAGCUGGACGGUUUCACAGAUGGGACCUAAUAACCCCAAGAAGCUGAAAAAGUUAAAGUCCAAAGAUGAGUCGUCACAGGGCCUAGGGAAACUGGAGGAGGAGUUUGAAAAGAAGUUUAACAGCCUGCCACAGUACAGCCCAAUGACAUUUGACAAGAAGGGGAUUGCUGUCGCAAAGAAAAAGAAGACUGACAGCUCCACUGUCCACGAGGACACUUCUAAAGCCGGGAAAGGACCAUCUUCAUCUCAGAAAAAGACUUCAUUCCACAAGAUUGUUAGGAAGCACAAACACAAAAAGGAGAAACCAGAUGCAGUGGACAAAGCAGUGGUACAGACUGAUUCCACCGCACCGGACUCAGCUUCAAAAGCCAAAUCAUGUUGUGCCCCCGUUGCCAUAACGUGCCCAGAUGUCCAGGGCACCACCAGUAUGGAGAUGCUAGUCGGUAGCCAGAAGAGGAAGGCGAGGAAGACCAAGAUCACACACUUGGUGCGCGUAGCUGACGGGAGCGUGUCUCCAGUCGAGGAGGACAAAACUAGGGACUUGAACCAGGAACAGGAUAAGAAGCCAUUACCCCAACAGAAUUUAUGCAAUGAAAAAGGGUGCUACAGUAAUCCCAGAGCGGAGGAGGCAGAGAGGAGCACCGUACCACAAGAGCUACCUGCCUUCUUCAGCUUGGCAGCCCUCGCCGAGGUCGCGGCCAUGGAGAACGUUCACAGAGGCCAGAGAGGCUUGGCUGAGAGUCAGAAGAAGGAGCUUGGCCAGACUCAAGUUCUUAUCUCCUGCGCUGAUCAGUGAAAAGGCUUCUGCCGCCGCUGCUGUAAUGACGAGCGACAAGCGACAUGGACUUUGGCAGUGGAGCUUUAUUUUCCUCAGCGUUAACCCCACACUGAAAGGAGUCUCGAUAAGGAAUGUCCGGACAGACUUCACCUCCCCCCCUUUGUUGUGAAUUUGCUCGUGCUCAGAUUCAUGGUGGGGAGAAGCGAUCCUUUCCUCUUCCUCCUCCUUGCUAUCUCAGUGUUGUCCCCCCGAAGCCUUCCUCGAGGAAAAAUGCCUUUCUUAAGCCCUCACUCCCUCUUAGAUGCUCCGUUAAGGCCUGUGGAAGAACCAAGCUGUCCCCAGUGCAUGGCUACCUACAUAGAGAAAAAACCCAACACUGCAUUGGUUUGUUUUCUAGACAAACACAGCUUUCUUUUACCUUUUUACCUCACACACCUGUCGAAUAAUUCCCUCCACCUCUGGUACAAUACCUCUGUAUUUUAAUAGCUCUUAUCCCUCCCAUCCCCUUCUAGCUUAAACCUAAAAUGACUUUAACCAGGGUAAAUUAUCACGACGGAUAGACUUUCAUCACCAACCGCUUGCGUAGGGGUUCGCGCGCUGACGUGGUGCGCCCAAACACAGAAGAAAAUCAUGGUGGAGUUUUUGAUAUGCUUGUUACGAUGUUGCUGCUGCUCUUAGUAACACAAAUGGAAGCCACAAAUUGUCAUAUUAGACUCAAUAUGAAGAAAUAGAGUUGAAUAUAGCUGAGGAUAUUUGUGCUCUUUAUGUUUUAGUGGUAGAAGGUUCCCCUGUACCUAUCUGGCUUAUGAGACAAUAGGUCUGCUUAUAAACUAUGUCUUGUGAUGGGGAGGUCAAGUAAAACUGAUUCAAAUUUAGCCUUAACUCCCCCCCACCCCCACCUACGCCCUCUUUGCCACCCUUCAGCUAGCUUCUUGCUCAAUUGCCAUCAUAGCCCCCUAGUCAGCGUAAACAUUUUUUUGAAUUGUGAAAUGCAGUUUUUUUGUCGAUACUUGAUCUUAUUGCAGUUUGCGUAGCAAUUAGGACGGUUAAUUCCUCGUGUGCAAGUUAUUUUAUUGAAUACAUGUUCUUGUUUAUUCUGUAAAAGCUGCACUAAUUCAUUGCUAAAGUUUGAGUUGGAGGCGUGACGAGAUGCCUUGUCUCCGUCGGCCACAGCGUUCUCGAAACGUGCGUCCCAUGAAAUGGGGCGACUGGUCGAAAGACACAAUGUAGAAAUGACGUGUUCGUUGGUUUUCUGAUUCGUGAAUGUGUUUUCGGACGCAUUCCGCCGGCGCUGCGCUCUGAUUCCUCUUAGAGUUACAGGAGACAAGGCACUUCCUAGUUCCCCAUUUGUUUCCUGUUGGCCUUUUGAGAUUUUAUUACCAAGUAAUGGUCUACUCAGAGGUCACAUGCAAUGAAUGUUUUGAGUUUUAGAGAUAUUUAUACCUAUUCCUUAUGAAACAUUGAUUUCGUUCAUGUUUGGUCAGAAUCAUUCCAUUCAACAGCUCUGUCUUCACCGUGCUCGUGUUUACAGUUAAUCAGCUGUAAAAAAAAAAAAGACAGGACGCCAUUAAGCUUCAGGUUUGUUGUCUUCCCAAGAGCUGAUGGACCCUGGUAGAGCAGCUGCAGCAGGCUAACGGAGGCUGACACCUGCGCAGCCUCCCCAGCAAUACCCAUCACCUCUUUACCCAGCAGCCUUUCAACCCUCUGUGUAGACCAAUGCUCAACUUUUCUUUUCUUUCUUUUCUUUUCUUUUUUUUUGACAUUUUAGAUCCGGUCACAUUAACGCUCUUUAUAGCCUUUUUUAAUUUGUAUCUGAUCAUUCUUCUUUUAACAUUUGUGAUUCAUGGCGUUCUAUCGACUAGCUCCUUUAUGAACUAGCGUUAUUUUGUUUUCUCCUGAGGACAAGUUUACUGGAUUAAGACUGUUCUCCCAAUACUCAAGCUCAUAGAUAAUGACUGUGUCUCCGCUUACCCGGUAGGUAAAAAAGGCACUCAGAGAAAAAGAUAAAAAACGAAAAAAGAAAAAAAAAAACUGCACCGUCUUUAGACAAAAAAGCUGGUCUUUACACUUCUGCAGGUGAAUAUUUGAAUACAACCGUGUCACCAUUUUCGGAUAUGGGCAGUGUUAAGACUGCUUUCUGGCACAUGCUGUAACGACAGGACCGACACAUAAGAAACGGAUGGGUCUCAUGCAUCUAUAAAUAGAGUAUUUUCCUAAAUCAGGGCAUUGUUACACAGUAAUAAUGGUUUGCCAAUGUAGGCCCUCGUGUGCAAGUAGUGCUCUCCAUGCAACGAAUCUGUAUCUAAAUUUGUGCUUGAACUAAAUGCAUGUUUCCCCGUUAAGCUUAGGAGAACCACCGUAUGCUUUAUGAUAAUCCUAAUAAUGAAAUAUAUAUAUUUUUCUUCAGAUAAGAGAGAACGUUACAUGAAGGAUGCUAUCAUCCGAGCAGUAAACUGUAUAGUUCUUCCACUGGUAGACAUCAGUGUAGUUCUUUGCAAAGACAAAGAAAUUGUCUUCCCCACAAAAUAGAGAUAUAUUUGCUUAUAGCAAGUGAGUUUAUUGACAUUUGCCAAAGAAAGGGAAAGGUAUAUUCAAAUGGAAAUUCUGUAGGGAAAAAAAUAAAUAAAUAAUAAUAAUAGAAAGCUAGCAGUUGCACUGGAUUUUUGUGGUGUUUAAAUCUUCAGGUAACAAUAUCAGCACAAUUCAUCCUGUGUGUCUAAUGGGAUUUCCUUGUUCUUUGAACCCUGAGUCGGAAUGAAGUGCAACAAGAGGGCACCACUCAAUGCCUCUUUUAAUAUACAGUAUUUGCACCUUAUGACCCAAACCAAAAUGAUCAUGGUGUUUGAAGACGAUAUAUAAUUUUUACCCACUUGAUGGAAAUUAUGCAUUUUAACAAGUAUAUAUACGAGAAUCCAGUCAAUAACAAAAACCACACAUGUACAAAAAACAGCCAUAGUUCUGUCAUUUCUCUACCCCCUCACUUUUUCUAUCUAGAAAAUGCUUCUAUAAUGUUGAAAUUCCUAUAUUAGUUACCUAAAUGACUAUUAUACUUUUUUGUGCUAGUACUGUCUUCUUGAAUGUAAUCAUUUUGUACCUGUAUUUUUCUAAUUCAGUCUUGAUUGUACUGUAUGUAUGCUAUGAUGGUAUACUGUUCUUUAGGUGCAUAGUUUGUUACAACCAACAGUUCUUAUGACAGGAUAGCUGCUGUGCUGUGAACUCUGUGGAAAAUUUGUGGAGGCCCGUAAGUCCAAUGGACUUAUUGUACCAUGUGAGCAUCCAUGUGACUGAUAACUGAGAGAUUCUUGCAUUUUGAGUGGUUUCCCUCGUUUGCUACUUCCUCUUUCCUUUGCAGUAAAAGUCAUAGUCUGUUCAGAGCAGUUUAUAAAACGGGAAUACUCCUGCAAUCAGAUAGAAUUUCAACUUAUUUAUUACUGUUCCUUUUUUUUUUUUUUUAGGUUUAGUCAAAUAAAAAAACAAUGAAACAUACAAGUGAAUAUGCAUCUGUUUAUACAUGAACGUGUAUAAAAUUAUCUACCCUUUACUGGAAUGUAGAUCAUGGCUUCCUUUUGUUUUAUUGUGAUGAAGAGGUUAUGCCAGAUCUUUUAAAUCACUUUCCUCCGAUAGGUUGUGCAUGGUGUGCUUAUUCUAAUUUUUGUUCUUCAUAAUCAUCAUGAUAGAUAUGUAUUUUUGAUUGUUAAAGCCCAGUUGUUAAAUGCAGCCUUGCCUUACUGGAAUCCCUGCUUAGGGUGGGAUCCCUCAGCCAGACACCUUCCCAAAUCCCACCUCACCCCACCCACAACUACUAUGUCUUAACACUGUUUGCUGAUGCAACUAUUAUUCCCUCUACACUUUCUGCUGACACAACUAUACUUCUUGAACACCUAUUAAAAUAACAUCUAUUACAUCCGUG